GGCGGUCACGUGGUGCGGCCCCGCCGCUGCCAGCGCCGCGCGUCCCGAGCGCGCUCCGGCCGCCGCCGCUCCCCCCGCGCCCCCCGCAUGUCGCUGGCGCCGCGCCCCGCGCCCCCACAGCCGCCCGCCGCCGCCCUCCGCCGCAGCCGCCGCCCUUGAUGUGGUUCGGGGCCGGGCGGGGGAGAAGAUGCCGCCGUCCAAGUCCCGCAAGAUCGCGAUCCUGGGCUACCGGAGCGUGGGAAAAUCUUCACUGACGAUCCAGUUUGUGGAAGGACAGUUUGUUGAUUCAUAUGAUCCAACCAUAGAGAACACUUUUACAAAACUGAUCACAGUAAAUGGCCAAGAAUAUCAUCUUCAGCUGGUUGACACUGCUGGCCAGGAUGAAUACUCCAUAUUUCCUCAGACGUACUCCAUAGACAUCAAUGGCUACAUUCUUGUUUAUUCUGUCACGUCAAUAAAAAGUUUUGAAGUGAUAAAAGUUAUCCAUGGCAAGUUAUUGGAUAUGGUGGGAAAAGUCCAAAUACCCAUUAUGCUGGUUGGAAAUAAAAAAGACCUGCAUAUGGAACGGGUGAUCAGCUAUGAAGAAGGGAAAGCUUUAGCAGAAUCCUGGAAUGCAGCUUUCUUGGAAUCUUCUGCUAAAGAAAAUCAGACUGCCGUUGAUGUUUUUAAGAGGAUAAUUUUGGAGGCAGAAAAAAUCGAUGGGGCAGCUUCACAAGGGAAGUCUUCAUGCUCAGUAAUGUAAUUCCACUGCAGAACCUGAAAACACUGGGAAUACAUUCUACCUGAAGAAGCAAAACUGCCCAUUAUCUUUAAGGAUAAACUAUGCUUCUUUUUUUUUUCCUUUUUUUUUCUUUUUUUUUUCUUCUGUUAACCUGAAAGAUAAACAGUUGGUUUGGAGCCUUUCCCUUCAGAUUAUGUUAAACUCUGACUCCUGUGCAAAUGGCUUCACUUCCAUUUUUCAAAUUUUAAGCAAUCAUAUUUUCAAUUUAUAUAUUGUAUUUCUUAAUAUUAUGACCAAGAAUUUUACUGGCAUUAAUUUUUCAGUGUAGUUUGUUGGUUAGAAUAAUCAUCAAAAUGAUGCAUAUUGUUACACUACUAUUAACUAGGCUUCGAUAUCAGUGUUUCUUUGUGUUAAAUGUAUACUUGUAAAUAAAAUAGCUGCAAACCUUAAA